AUGCGCUCCGCUUCGAUAUUACGAUGGCUCGCUCUGCCUCUCCUUGCGGCUGCGACGGCCGUGUCCCCAGCCGGAGGAUGGACAGGAUCCGAAGGGCGGAUAGAAACAUCUGCAGAUGAGCUGAGCGUCAGGAAACUCUUCAAGCGAGAUGAGUCGCUAUCAGGCGGCAAGAUGGACGGCGAUCUGUCAAGCACAACAGAUGGCGGCGCGACCGACUUCACGACAUUUAACGGCAAGCGAGUGCCUCCCCUGACUGAGUUGGAGGGAGCAAAGUUCGACGAGACCGUCAAAGAUGGCUACUGGCUGGUGGAAUUCUUCAGUCCGUACUGUCACCACUGCAAAGCGUUUGCCCCGACCUGGCAGACCCUCUACGAGUUCUAUUACACCUCCGAACCGCUACCGCAAACCCCGGGGUCAGGGGAGACUCACAACGACAUGAACAGCUUCACGCGGUACUACAACUUCAAAUUCGCGAAAAUAGACUGCGUGGCCAACGGAGAUGCUUGUUCGAAGAAAGGGAUAGGAUCCUUCCCCACAAUCAAGCUGUUCAAGGAUGGCAAAGAGGUGGAAACAAAGGUCGGGGCUAAGGACAUGAACACGAUGAGCAAUUGGAUUGAGCAGAUAUUGGAGAGCUUCAAGCCGGGCUCCAGACCGGCAGGAGGGCCAAAGCUGCCGAAAGUUGGAGCAAAGGAAGCACCGGCGCAGCCAGCGGUUGCUCCUGUGCCCAAGGUCGGCGGGCCAGCGAAGACGACAAUAUCCGGGACAAGAAUCGUACCUCUCCCUCAACAGACGCCGAAUCCAAGCGGUGCUUCUCAGCCUCUCACUGCAUUGGAUUUCCAAAACAAGGUCACCACCACGCACGAUCCCUGGUUUGUCAAAUUCUACGCUCCCUGGUGCCAUCACUGCCAGGCAAUGGCUCCAAACUGGCAAGGUAUGGCACGGCAGAUGCAGGGUGAGUUGAAUGUUGGAGAGGUCAACUGCGAUGUCGAGAAGCGCCUGUGCAAGGAUGUCAAGGUCCGCGGAUACCCAACAAUCCUCUUCUUCCAAGGCGGCGAGAGGAUCGAGUACGACGGCUUACGAGGUCUUGGGGAUUUGAUAAGUUUUGCGAACAAGGCACUUGCGGUGAAAGAGGGCGUGCCGUCUGUCACGGCAGCUGAAUUUGAAGAAUUGGAGAAGAAGGAGGAGGUCAUAUUUCUCUACUUCUACGACGAUGCAACUACCAGUGAGGAUUUUGCAGCUGUCGAGAGACUGGUUCUGAGCUUAAUUGGACAUGCGAAACUGGUCAAGACCAGCGAUCCAGCACUCUGCAAACGCUUUAAAAUCAGCACCUGGCCUCGACUUGUGGUCAGCAGAGACGGCAAGCCGAGCUAUUAUAACGCCUUGUCACCUCGUGAGAUGAGAGAUUUCAGAAGGGUGCUCAACUGGAUGAAGACCGUCUGGCUGCCGAUUGUACCUGAGCUGACCGCCUCGAACGCACGCGAGAUCAUGGAUGGUAAACUGGUCGUUUUGGGCAUUCUAUCCCGUGACAGACCAGAGGAGCUUACUGCUUCAAAGAGGGAGAUCAAGAAUGCAGCACUCGAGUGGAUCGAUAAACAAAUCCAAGCCUUUCAGCUUGAACGUCAAGAACUGCGGGACGCCAAACAGCUACGGAUUGAGGAAGCCGAAGAUCGCAACGAUCAGAAGGCAUUACGUGCCGCCAAGAGCAUUCGUAUCAACAUGGAUGACAUUGAAAGAAAAGAAGUUGGCUUUGCUUGGGUAGACGGUGUUUUCUGGGAAAGAUGGAUCCGAACAACCUUUGGCAUUAGUGUGGCGGACGGCGAAAAGGUGAUCGUCAACGACGAGGCGAACCACCGCUACUGGGACGUUACUAUGACCGGCAACCCAAUCGUCCCCAGCAGAACCUCAAUACUUGAGACACUGCCUCGUAUCGUAGCGAAUCCCCCAAAGAUCGCUGCGAAGAGCACGACCAGCGCUCUCGGUCAUCUUUGGUGGGUUGUCAAAGGCCAAAUAUGGGAGCACCCCCUUGUCAGCGCCGGCAUCUUAAUUGGGAUAUUAGCUGUUGGCUUUAUAUAUGGCAAGAAACACCUCCCAUCACAAGGCGGGUACAUCAAACUCACAGAAAAGGGUGGCAUGAACGGUCUGCUGGGCGGCAAUGCUGGCAACGGACAAGGAAAGACGGAUUGA